AUGCGUUUGUCUAUGAGGGGCCUAGCAGGAGACCGAGCAGCAGCAGCAGCAGAAACAGCAGCAGCGAAGGCGGAGGAAGCAGCAGCGGCUGCUGCUGCUGCUGCUGCGGCUGCGAACACAGCGGAGCUUGAGGCGUCUGCUGCAGCAGCAGCAGCAGCAGACACUGCAGCAGCAGCAAACGAGCUGCCUCCAGAUGAGCAGCAAAGCAGUGAGGGGGGCCCCCCGGGGGGCCCCUCCCUGCCGCUGCUGGGGGCCCUCGUGGCGUUUGCUGCAGCAGCAGGUUUCUUCGGGGGCAUGAAGACAGCAAAGACAGAGGAGGGGGCCUGGGACCCCGAGUGGGAUGCAGCGUGGAGGCCAGCAGCACAGCAGCAGCAGCAGCAGCAGCAGCAGCAGCAGCAGCAGCAGCAGCAGCGGCAGCCGUACACGCGCCACAUCCUGCUGAUCCGACACGGCCAGUUCGAAAGCUCUGAAGCAGCAGAUGACGAGGCCCAGGGCCUCACCCCUUUGGGGCGGCAGCAGGCGGAGGCCACUGGAGACAGACUCAAGGCCCUUCUCAAGGCAAGCAUGGCUAGCUAG